AUGGGAAGCCGUUUGUUUCAUGGCACUCGGUUUGAACCCGAGCCCACUGCUGAGCCUACCGUUUCAUUGCUGAACGACCUCCGUAGCGCUGUUGAGCUGGACCUUGGCGACGGAUGGCAAGCGCUGGAGUCCUGGCAGUCCCGCCAAAUGGUGAGGGAAGGCUUUGCCAUUCGACUCAGCGCUGAUCGAACACGGAUGUGGAGGAUCGGCACGAAUGAAUUGGUCUCACAGGGCAAGACUCUCCGCACCUCUAAGGAUUUAGGUCUGUUCAGUCAAGAGAUGAAGGCAGAGGCAUACAAAGAAUGGUCCGAAAUGUACCUCGAAGACGUGCCUGGUGGUAAACUUCAACUGGUUAACGACCUCGACGCAGCAGUGGAAGUGGACAACGGCCGUGGAUGGCGCAUCUUGUAUCCCAAUCAAAAGCGUGAGCUGACAGAAGAAAGCUUCAGCAUCCGCUUGCGAGAGGACCCAGCUGUCAUGUCCACCAUUGGCCAAGGCCGUGCAUCGGAUCCGGAAUAUUGCUUGCGCACGUCAACAGACCUGGCAGUGUUUAGCUCGAAAGCAAGCAGCUGGGUAGCCAACGAGCAGAAAGCCGUUCAAAAGGAGACAGAAGAGCGGCAACGCAGGAAGAAGCUGUCUGAAGCCCAAGUGACACGGAGCGCUCGAAAGCUUGCAGUCAUCUGGUUCCUGGCCAUUGUGUGUGCCGCAGUUGUUCUCAUCCCGGCUAUGGCCUUCACAGGCUUGUUGUCUCAUGCUUGCGCCGGACUUGGUGCCACGCUUGUCCUUCUCCUUGUUCACGUCAAUGGUCUUGAUGGAACGGAGGAUCCGGAAGAUUUCGAUGACCUUCUCUCCAACCAGUUCCACCACCCCGUCGUGUACCUCUUCUUCAUCUUUGUCGGCACUUUUGCUGGCACCUGGGCUCGCUCGAUCUUGCCGGAUGGCCAGACCCAUGAUUCUCUUCGCGACACGUCCCGCCGGUGGCUUCUAGAGGAAACCAUCGUCUUUCAAGGUACGGUGAUGGAAGGACAAGGGAAGCCAUGCAUCACUUCUUGGCCGGGCAAAUAUGCCACGGCUUGGGAUUGCUUGGUCGAGAGUGCACGCGAGGGGGAGACGAGUGCCGCAGUGGUUUUCCUGCCGGAAGGCACAAAGGAGUUCGGAAGGCACAGCAACAUCCCACACUCCGAAGGUUUGGAGGGUGAUUGCUGGUGUACCCCUCUGUAUGGAGAGCAAAAGCCGUGGGGUUGUCGGUGGUGGGCACUAUGGAUUGAGAAUGUUGAGAAAGCUGUACGAUUCGGUGCCGAGCUCCACGUGUAUUUCUUCCAGCAAGCAUGCGGGCAGGGUAAAGUGCAGAACUUUGACACGGCAGGUCGCGAGAAUCUCAGAAGGGAGGCCAUCUUCGCGAGAAUGAACGAGUUUGAGGAGUCUGAAGAAUAUCGAUCCGCCAACGACGCCGGCAUCGAGAAUCUCUGCAAGAACAGGCGCCACGACUCCUCCUCGCAACAUAGCAGAGAGAAGCACAGACUCUUCCUGCAUUGGCUUCCGAUUGAAGACGGACGUUUUCUGAAAGAAUCCGAAGGUUUGGGAAACUCGCAGAAAGCAGAAGUCGCAUGGCUAGAGCGGAAAGGAUACCGCUACACCGAGGUUGACAUCGGGGGGUGGCUGCAGCCAGAUGAGCUCCGAGGAGACUGUCAGGUUCCUGUUCGGCAGCGUAAUCACAAAACGCCGCUGGAACAUCAAAUUAAACAUGCUCCAGAUGGCAAGCCUCGAUUCUGUGGCAGGCAAAUCGUACGGUUGUGA